AUGAUCUAUGCUCCUGUUAUAAUAAAUAUAAAAAAUCAUAAUCUUCAAAAAAUUGUUUCAUUUGGGGUUAUUUGGAUACUUCGCUCACAAGUACUUCCUACUAUUCUUUAUCAAGAUUACACUAAGAAGAGCAUCGAGGAAGAUGAGAUAAUCAUUCUUAGGAACUGUUAUAAUUUCCUCUAUACAUCUCAAGCACAAGCUAAUAUCAAUGCUAUUCAUCAAGAAAUUCGAGAAAAUAUUUAUAAUCUUCUUAGAUGUCGUACUGCUGGAUCUAAUCUAUACACAAAUUAUAGACAUUUACAAGGCCUAAUCAAACUUUCUAAAAACAAAUAUGCCUUCGAAUUACAUUCAAGUCUUAUUGAAGCUUUUCUAAAUCAUGAAGAAUCUUCAAAUUGGUUUUAUCCUUCAUUAUUAAUUGCAAGUCAAUGGUUAAAGAAUAAUAAUCCUCUAUUUGAAAAAUAUAACCAAGCCUGCAUGCCUUUACAAUUUCCGAUUUCUAAUGAUAUUCAUCAAACAUUUCUUACAGCAAGACCAGUAAAUACAUCUACUAACGCAGAAAGUACAAGACCCCUAUCACUUAUAAUACCUAACAAAGAUUUUCCAAAUGAAAUACAUAACGAAGAUUACAGAUAUGAGUGUCUAAUAGCAGAAUUUUUAGAAACAAAUAAUGAUUUAACCUUACCUAUACCAAAUUAUGACCCAGAUAUCGAAUCUUUAUUAUUUCCUGAUCUUUUUUCUACUGGUCAUUAUCACUAUGAAGAUUCUAAAAACUUACUAGAUUUUAAACAAAAUAUUGAUAGUUAUAGCAAAUAUAUUAAACUACAACUUCUUUCUGAUUUAAUAAUAGCAAGUACUUAUACUAAUAAACCUAUAAUUAACGAAUCAUUAACAACAACUCUACCAUCACAUAUUAGAACUUCAGAUUCAUUUUUUAGAAAAAAACAAUAUCAACAAGGUCAUAUAAAUUUUCAAUAUGUAACUACUUUUGGAUUCAGAAAAUAUGUAACUAAGUAUGCUACUAAACCUGAGCCAACAGAAAUUUUUGACAUAAUGGAACAAGACUCCUAUAAAAAACACGUGCAAGCUAGAAUAUUAGGAUCUAUAGAACUUAUGAUAUUAUUUCUACAAUACUCUGUAACAAGAUCAUCAGCUGCCAUAAAAUUUCUCCCAUCUGCUCUAUCUGAACUUCAAAUUCGAUCU